AUGUGGGUGAGGAAAGGAGUCAUAAGCAUCAUCGAUCUUAGCAAUGAUUAUUAUCUAGUUGCAUUUUCGCAUGAGGAUGAUAAGAAGGCAGCGAUGGAGAAUGGACCAUGGUUCAUUUAUGAUCACUACUUGACAGUGAAGAAUUGGAGGCCAAAUUUCCAACCAGAAAUUGACACUAUUGACGAAGUUGCUGUGUGGGUUAGAAUUGCUGGCCUGCCAAUAGAAUACUACGAUCCUCGAGCCUUGAAGGUAUUUGGGGACCGUAUUGGAAGAACUAUAAAAGUUGAUAAAACUACAAUUAAACAGGAGAGAGGCAAAUAUGCGAGGGUGUGUGUGGCUGUGGAUUUGUCAAAACCUCUGUUAGCUAUGUUUAGUGUUAAAGGAAGCAACUACAAGGUUGAAUAUGAAGGUCUCCAUUUAUUGUGUAUGGUGUGUGGGAAGUAUGGACAUUAUAAAGAGAGUUGUCCAUUGAAGGCUAAGGAGGACACCAGAAUUCAGGAAGGAGAUGGAGGUAAAGGCAAAGAAUCGAGCACAGUUAAUAGAGACUUGGGAAGGAGUAACAGCAAGGAUGAUGAAGGCCCUUGGCGGGUGGUGCAAAAACAGAAGAGGGGGCGGAAGAUGGUGGAGGGCCGGAAAUCCUAUGCUCCGACACAAAUUAAUGAUGAUUCCAAAUUGAGAGGAUCUCGCUUUCUCGCUUUGGAAAAUGAGGAUCUGGUUAUUGAUGGUAAGGAAAUGGAUGUUAAUGGUGAGGAUCUGAAUCAAAAGGAAAUUAAUGAUAAUAGUAAUUUAACAUUUAUGGUGCAUGGAAGAGAAUCUGCUGAGAUUAAUACUGGUGACGUGGAGGAAGCUGACGUGGGUGAGUUAAGGAGCAAAACCAAUAACUUUCAAAAAGAGGAUCUGGUGGAAUCUUUGACCGGAUUGGGUAUUAAUGGCAAGGUUACGGUAGGCCCCACUGAUGGCAGCCAAAAAAGUAUGACUGGUAAAGGAGGAAGGAGACAGGAGAAAGUUAAUAAAAAUACUGCAUUGGCUACACGUGGAAAAAUUCAAGCGAAGGAGAAAGGGAGCAGCAUUAGUAGAACUGGAGUGGAGGGUAUGUUUGGAAAUGUCCAACCAGGAGAACUUAAUGUGGUAGAAAAAUGUGAUAUGUACAAUCUGAUUGGGAGAGAGAAUAAUACAGGAGUGGGUCAAAAAAGGUGUAUGGUGGUUAGUCAUGAUGUCUCACGUGAUAUGCAUGUUAUGGGAGAGCCAAGUGGCAGUCAUGCGAUAGAUAGCUCUCAUGCAGAUGUAGUAUCUAAUUUUGCAAUUGAUAAACCUCCAGAUAUUGAUGAGAAUUCUCGAAAGGAGAAUUUAUUUUUCUAUGGCACAAGCAUAGAGCAUAUAGACACUGGAUCUAGAGGAAAUAUUACUGCUAGUUGUGACGCGAUGGGUGUAGAGGGCACGUUAGAGGAAGUCUGUGAGACUCCUUUGAUGAGCUGA